GAGCAGUGUUUUGUCCCUGUUAGCUUGGAGCGCAGCUAAGUAUGUCCGAGAAGGAGCUUGGGAAAAAGUGGGACCGAUGUCUCGCAGACGGUGUCAUUAAAAUCGGUACUGGCCUGGGAUUAGGGAUCGUCUUCUCAGUCCUAUUCUUCAAACGGCGCACAUGGCCGAUUACGUUAGGCUCCGGAGCCGGACUUGGCAUGGCCUACGCCAACUGUCAGAACGACCUGAGGGCACAUUAUCUGCAGCACAUAAGCCAAAAGGAACAGUAACUGCAAGUCGUCGUGUCAUUUUAAAGUUUUGCUUUWGCAGUGAUUUUGUCUGCGGGAGCCUCAUCAAUCAUUUGCACUGGUCUCCAGUUGGAUUGGUGUCUGCCUGUUGAUUCUCUGUCCUCUGUAUGAUUUGUAUGUGCCUGAUCAGGACAGUCUGUUUUUAUUUAAUAAAAUAAUUAUAACAAUGAAAA